AUGCAUCGUGCCUCCGCCUACCAAUCUUGUGGUCGGAUCGCUGAAGCCAUAGCCGACUGUAAUCGGACCUUAGCAUUAGAUCCAUCUUGUAUCGAAGCCCUAAGCACGAGAGCUUCACUUUUCGAGUCCAUUCAUUGUCUUCCAGAUUCUCUUCACGAUCUUGAACAUCUGAAACUAUUAUACAAUUCCAUACUCCGUGAUCGGAAACUACCUGGUCCGGCAUGGAAGCGUCAAAACGUGCGAUACCGUGAAAUUCCAGGUAAACUCUGUUCUCUGGGGUCCAAGAGUCAAGAACUGAAGCACAGGAUUGCUUCAGGGGAAACAGGGAAUGUGGAUUACCAUUCUUUGAUCGGUUUGAGACGUGGUUGUUCCAGAUCGGAGUUGGAGAGAGCUCAUUUGCUACUCACCCUGCGUCACAAACCAGAUAAAUCCAAUAGUUUCAUCGAUAGAUUGAUUCAAAGAGGGUAUAACAAUGUGAUGGGGAUAAUUUUAGAUGAAGAAGUUGCAGAGAAAGACAGGAAGAAGGCUUCCUCUGCUGCUGCAGCAUUACAACAACAGUAUGAUCCAUCAUCAUCAGUAGUUGAUUCAAUUAAAAUGGAGGAAAACAAGAAAUCAGGAUCCGUAUAUCAAGGGGUGUUCUGUAGAGACCUUGCAACGGUUGGGAAUCUGUUGUCACAAGCGGGAUUUAACCGUCCAAUUCCGCAAGUGUUUAUUACUUUUUGGGUUUUGGUUACAUACACACGUAGUACAUGUGGAGCCCGUGAGAAAGCAUUAAUAAAGUUGGAUGAUGGAUGGAUGCAUGGUAAUGAGCAUUAAGUGACCCUCGGCAACUAAAAGGAUUUUGGGAGAUGCGAAGAGUUGAAGCUUUGGAGAGGUUGAUGUGAAAAGUUGUCUAUUUUGGGUAUGACGAAGAGUUUUAUGAAGACCGAAGAUAAUGAAGGCUUAGUGAAGACUUGUUGUUUUGUCUCUUAAAGAUUCGAGGAGUUAGUAUAAUCAUUGUGUGUUUGGUUGGUUCUGUUAGAUUAGGCAUGGUAAGCAUGACCUCCUAUCCUCCUUAUCUUUUGUAUCGACUAGUUAAGGAAAUGUACUUUCUCUUGCUAUAAAUAGAUGGUCAUGUUGAUCGAUCAAAUGUGUUUGGAUAUCC